AAUGGGAAGCACAUUUGUGAAGCUCCUCGCCGCCGGUGUAGUCGCACACAACGACGGGUCGGGACGACAAGGGACGACGACUAGCAGUCGUACACGUAAAUAAAUCUCCGUGGGGCUGACGGCCAAACUCGAAUUGCCCGUGUUAUUUUAAAACUACACCCUCCACGCACGCACACACACACACACACAGAAGACACGAAGGAGAAGCGGAGACACUCGGCAUCUUUCGUGUCGCCAACGAAGAGGGAGAGAGGGAUGCGGGGAACCCAGAGGAGAUAAAUAGACUCGUCCUCUUCCACCGUUGCCACAAUGGAGUCAGUUUUUGGUUAGCUAACGGCGAGUUGUUUGCAGCGGCUGUUUGUCGCGGAAAAUGAGGAUAAUAUGGAGGUUUUAAAGUGCCCCUAAUGUCGUGGACGUUCAGCAGUUUAACGUAAAGUGACGUUUUUUCUGUCAAGGCACCGUGUGUUUGGGUAGCUCGUGUGUGCGAGUAGCUGCUGCCGCCGCCCGGUGCUGCUGCUGCUGCUGCUGCUGCUGCAUUUCUUCACCUUUUUGAAGUAGCAUCUAUACCGGGUAAAACCUCGUCAGUGCCAUCCAUUCCAGGAUCGUGAGGAGCCUCUGCAGAAAAACCGGGCCCUACAGGUGUCCGUCAUUGAAUCUGCAUACUGGGAAGUGAAGCCAUGGCCCGAAUGACCUGGAAACCAAAGUGACUGAAACUAUAAGAAUCACAAUGGAGCCAGAGUCUAAUUCAUACUCCGGGACCCACCAAGAACUGAAAUAUCCAUCUGUACCCAACUCUCAACGUGAGGUGAUCAUGGGUGAUGGUAAUAUCAACCUCAUUGACCCAGUAGUGAGGGGUGGGAGUGAUCCCAGUGCGUACCCUUCGUCCAGCUAUCAACGGAACGUGCAUCAGAAAUUUAUCAGGAGAAGUCUCUGGUUUUCAGAACCAGACGAGCAGUCAUUUGAAGCACCUGAAUGUGAUAACAGGAAUAAGAUCCUGAACAUUAACCUACGAACAAUAGUGGACAGGACUCGGGGGACUAGCGGGGGUGUUCAAGAGGGGUCCAGCACCGAAAGUCAGGGUAUUCAAAAAGACAGUGCGACAGAGAGUGCCAGCGCCGACGAGGAGAAGGAAAAAGGUGGAGUUGCAUUAAAUGUUGUUUGUAAUGAUGGUGCCAAAUCCACUGUCAAGGCAGCCAGUGAGGAGAACGAGGAGGAGGCCGAGAUGAAAGCGGUCUCUACAUCUCCAGGAGGAAGGUUCCUUAAAUUUGACAUUGAGCUGGGGAGAGGUUCCUUCAAGACGGUCUACAAGGGCCUGGAUACUGACACCUGGGUGGAGGUUGCCUGGUGUGAGCUGCAGGAUCGUAAGCUGUCGAAAGUGGAGCGCCAGCGUUUUAAGGAGGAAGCGGAGAUGCUGAAGGGUCUACAACAUCCCAACAUUGUCCGUUUCUAUGACUUCUGGGAGUCGCCUCUCAAAGGGAAGAAGUGCAUAGUUCUAGUCACAGAGCUCAUGACGUCUGGGACGCUAAAAACAUAUCUGAAGCGUUUCAAGGUAAUGAAGCCCAAGGUGUUGCGGAGCUGGUGCAGACAGAUCCUGAAAGGCCUCCACUUUCUCCACACCAGGACCCCACCCAUCAUCCACAGGGACCUCAAAUGUGACAAUAUCUUCAUCACUGGACCCACAGGAUCAGUCAAGAUAGGCGAUUUAGGACUGGCAACACUCAAGGCUGCUUCCUUUGCCAAGAGUGUCAUCGGCACUCCUGAGUUCAUGGCUCCAGAGAUGUACGAGGAGCACUAUGAUGAAGCUGUGGAUGUCUAUGCUUUUGGCAUGUGUAUGCUAGAGAUGGCCACCUCAGAAUACCCGUACUCCGAGUGCCAGAAUGCUGCUCAGAUUUACCGCAAAGUCACAAGUGGAGUCAAGCCAGCCAGCUACAACAAGGUCAUGGAUCCUGAAAUCAAGGAGAUUAUCGGGGAGUGUAUCUGCCAGAAGAAGGAGGAGCGGUACACCAUCAAGGACUUGUUGAACCACGCUUUCUUUGCCGAGGACACAGGCGUGAGGGUGGAGCUAGCCGAGGAGGACGAUGGCAAAAAGGCCUCGAUAGCCCUCAAACUGUGGGUGGAGGACCACAAGAAGCUAAAGGGGAAGUACAAGGAGAGUGGCGCCAUCGAGUUCUCGUUUGAUCUGGAAAAGGACGUCCCUGAGGUUGUGGCACAAGAAAUGGUCGAGUCUGGCUUCUUCCACGAGAGUGAUGUUAAGACUGUGGGAAAGUCGAUCAGAGACCGCGUGGCCCUGAUCAAAUGGAGACGAGCGAGAACAGUAUCUGCCGCAGCUGAAGGGGACCAGGGUGAAGGAGGACACAGGGUUCAGGUGGCAUCGUCUCAGGGCAUCUCUGUUGGGCCUGCACAUGUAGGACACCCCCCUUUGCUGGAACCAGAAGAGGCGGAGACAGACCAGCACAACAGGCUGCGUAACCUGCCAGCCAGUGCUACUUCAGUGACGUCGGACAGCACACUUGACAGUGGCAUGGGGUCCACUGUGUACUCCGACUCUCACAGCAGCCAGCAGAGUGUCCUCUACCAGUCCCUGCUGGAACCUAUUACCAUGGCAACACAGCAGUGCCAGAACAGUAGCCCUUUUCUGACAGAUCGUCCUCGCUCCUGUGAAAAGGGUGAAAUGUGGGGGGCAACUCUGAGCCCGGAGCUCAGGAUCCGUUUGGGAGCUGCCACCCGGAGAGGAAGUGCCCCCGUCAUUGACACGCACAGGGCAAACCACAUAGCUCAACUCCAUGCCUUCAAUCAGUCUCGGAGAUCAAUCAGUCCCAACCCUACUGUUCCAGAGAACCAAUCAGAACUCUGCCCCUCUGAGCUUCACGCCGAGGCUGAAGAUGGGUUUCCCCACAGGUGUGCUCUCCCAGUGCUGCAGGUCCCCCCAGUCACAGAGUACCGACGCAACAGCGACACCUGCAUCCGACCACCGUCUGAGGCCAAUGAGAACUUAACAGUACCCCUGCCAGGUGGACGCAGACAUUCUGACCUCAGUAGUCUCCUCGGUAUUCAUAACCACUUUGCGAUCCAUAAAGCCCACAUGUGCCAGGCCUGUCUCUCUAUGAUUCUCUUGAGGUCACAAGAAGGUAUUCACCGCCACCCAUCUUUUAUCGUGCCAACACACCACUGUCCGUGCGACUUCAGACACCACCCAUUCUCUGGUGAAACGAUGACCACACCUAGUUACGCUCGGCCAAAAAGUUCCAGCGAUUGCUCGGAUUUCUCGCUGCUGCAAAAGUCCCUGUUCAAUAUAAUUAGUCGCAAAGCACCUCCUUGUUACACCACCCCUACCCAGGCCUCGUUGCUGCAUCCCACAGCUGCACACAGACCUGCCUGCAGUCAUGAGGACAACAGCCAGGCGAGUCAUCUCCUGAGUGCAAGUUCAGGUGGGGACCAAGAACAUUUCCAGGAAGUUCCUGUGGCAGUGACGAGUUCUGCAGGUCACCAGAAUCAACAUGCUGUCCAGGGCCUGCCUUCUGCAAGCACAACAAUGAAUACACCACUGCAGUAUCUCCAGCCUGGACACAGUUACCCUGCUCCUCCGUAUGCCGGUCAGCCUGGCACUGCAACACCAUCUCCAGCAAGUCUAUGUUUGGCUGGCAUCCACAAUGCAGCCAACUCUUAUGUACCAAGUGUGCAACAACAACAAGCCGUACCACAACAUAUCACACAGAGCCAACAAGCACCAGGCUAUCAACAACAACAGCAGCAAGCAACAGGUUUUCCUGUGCAUGGCCAACAAACGAGUCUGAACUCUGUGGCUCCAGCUCAACAACAAGCUCAGGCUACAUCAGGAUAUCCUGCUCCAGUUCAGCAACAGACUGCAGCUGCAGCAGCAGCAGCAGCAGCAGCCCUGCCAGCACAGCAGGCUCUUGCAUCAGUCGCUGCAGCUACGGCAUCCGUGGCCCAGUGUCAUCCUGCACAAGCUCCUGGCACACUGCAGCACAUCCAGGCUGCAGUCAAGCUGUCAAGUCAGCAGACUGGUCUGAGCUCCUCCACACCAGCACAUUACAGCCAACAGAUUCAGCAAGAGCACCAACAGCUGUUAUCACAAAAUACUCAAGCCAGUGUGCAGCAAACACAAAAUGCUGGGCAGUCUUAUCAUCAACCUGUGCUCCAGCAAAACCAAGAUAACAUGCAUCCGCUAUACCAACAGAUGACGCAACAGUCUCAACAUCAGCACAGUCAGAAAGCCAUGCAAACGGCAGGUCCACUGCAGAACCAGGAUGGGACCAUGUCUACAGUCCAACAAGUUCAGCCUCCAACUUCUCAGCUUCACUCUGCAGCAGAUCCACUUCUGCAGGUUGCAGCUACAAACCAGAGCCAAUACCAGCCUGCACAGUCGUCCGCUGCUGCUCCACAGAGCUACGGAGGACCCCCUCCUGCCUCUUCCCAGGCAGCACAUUAUUCCCAACAGUUUCAACCCUAUCUUUGCAUCGCUGCUUUCCUGAAUCAGAAUAUACCUGCUGGUCAAAGCAUUUCACAGCUAGGACAAGAUGGACAAAAUCUUAGCCAGACCACAUCCGGUAUGCUGACUCAGGCACUUCCUCCUCAGCAGCCAGCUCAGGCCAAUGUCCAUCAGCAACUUCAACCUCUGCAGACAUCAACCAGUUUACCACCAACACGCCCACCCCAGUUUCCUUCACAAUAUCCCACAGUCCAGGUGAUGACAGCUGUGCCUGACUCUGAAACUUCCUGUCCUCACUCCUGCACUGCCUCUCACCCUUCAAUCUCCUCCUCUCUCAAUCCCAUCUUCCUCUCUCCUGGUCAGCCCCUUCCUGUGACUCCCUCUGUCUCUCCUGUCUCCCCUCUGCACAUUGAAAAUUCACUAGUUUCACCCAUCCCCGUGUCCCUCAUACCUUCCCCAUCACAUAUGCUGGGUAGGAUGGAGCCCACAUCCCCGCAGCACCAGCCUAAUGCUGCUUUGAAACAGAGCAUUAGAUGUGAUGCUUCUCAUUCACAACCUGCAAUUAAAUCAGCAUUUACCACCCAUUCGAUACACACACACAUUUCCCCAUCUCUAAACACACACCUUCCCAACAAUGGCAGCACUCAGUCUCUAAUUCAGGCCCAGGUGAGCCAUCCUGAGCACGUCCCCUCUGCUCAGUCUGUCCAGCCAGCACUUUUCUCCUCACCUCUGCAGAAUGGGGCCGAUCCAGGCACAGCCACCUCGGUUGCCAAUCUGGACAAUGGUAACCCAUGCCAGCUGGCCCCGCAGGCCCAGAGUCAGGUCCAGGGCCAAAUUCCUUUGCUGCAGCCGUUGGACUCUCAGAGAGUGUCAUCUGGGUCUGCCAGUUCCAGUCUGACUCAGCAGAAACAUCUCGGUUCUGUAACUGGACCCGCAGGUCAGGGUCCAGCAGAGACCAACACUGAGGAACAAGCCACAGAGAAACAUACUUCAGGACAAAGCUAUGACAGUGUCAACUCUGAUGCCAUGUCAGGGAAGGAGAUGAGUGAUGGUUAUGAAGGGACACAUGGAGGUAAAGGUGAAGCGAAAGUCCGCAAACACCAUCGCAGGUCCACACGCACUCGCUCUCGCCAGGAGAAGACCAACAGGCCAAAGCUCAACAUGCUCAAUGUGUGCAACACUGGGGAUAAGAUGGUGGAGUGUCAGCUGGAAACUCAUAACCACAAGAUGGUCACUUUCAAGUUUGACCUGGAUGGAGAUGCACCAGAGGAGAUUGCCACGUACAUGGUUGAGAAUGAUUUCAUUUUACCAUUGGAGAAGGAGGUCUUCAUUGAACAGCUGAAGGACAUCGUGGACAAAGCCGAGGACAUGCUGAGCGAGGACACGGAGGGUGAGAGGAACUCCGAUCAGGGAGGCAGCCCCAAACAGAGUGAAGGAGCUGACACUCUGGGAACAGAGGCAUCGUCACCCAGCACCCAACAGCUGGUGUACCAACAAAAUGUCCUCCAUACUGGGAAGCGCUGGUUUAUUAUCUGCCCUGUAGCAGAGACGCCCAUGCCGGACAAAGAGGAGACUUCAUCUCACAUCUCCACAGCCCAGGAAUCUGAAAACAACUGCAACACAUCUACACUGGCUACACCUGUCGCAUCUUUAUCCUCACAAAACCCGUGCUCCUCCUCAGCCUCUCUGCCCCCUGCUGCUCAGACCUCAGUGCAGCCUCCAAACCAAAACAUUGGAAAAGCUCAAGUGCAGCAGACUCAGCCCUGUGUGACUAAACAUUCCCUUGCUGCUGGUGGAGUCAGACAUCCAAACCCCCUUCCCGUGGAAGAACCCUGCAUCUCUGCUGUCUCUAUGGUGGCGGAUAUGCCGUGCUGUGCGAUUGUGCCACCUGUCUCUCUGGAUGUGAAUGCCGCUGAGAAAGGACUCGCUGGUGGUUUAGCAUCAUCUCAAACAAAUCAGUCGAAUGAGGAGAAGAUCAGUCCUACGGGAGAACUGCCCCCUCAGCUGGCCUCCCAUCAGUCUGUGGUGCUGCAGCAACCCUAUGCCACGCCCAUGCAGCCCGGGACAGUGACCUCUCAGCCUCAGAGUCCGGCACAUCAGAGCUCCCAGAACUCCCAAUCGUCAAGCCACCAGCAGUCUGCGAGUGGCGGGCCAGGAGAGUCGGACAGUGAGGGACCACGCAGGGUGGAGUUUGUUGACCGCACCAUCAAGACUUUGGAUGAGAAGCUUCGAAACCUGUUGUACCAGGAGCAUCCUCCCACUCAGCCUUCAGCCACGACGUCUGAUCCCCAGGCCUCCAGCGCAGAAGGAGUCGGGUCCCCUCCGGUGUCGGAUGGCCAGAGCACUGACGUAGCACCCUCAAAGAAGAAAGGGGAGCCACUGCCUCAGAUUCCAGAGCGCACAGAUAGUGUGGGUGCACUGAAUGACUCGGCAGUGGCCGGUGCUUAUGUGGAUUUGAAAGGAAGAGAUGUGACUGCCACCUCCACUUCAUACAGCAAUAAAGGCUGUUUUCAAAUCAUCUCCACUUCACCAGUUGACACUUGCCAUUCAGGGGAACAUAAGGCCAACUCUUGCAGUUCCCCAGCACCCUCUAGUGGCUCUGGAGGGUCUCACAGUCAGACCCAGGGCCUAUGCAGGAAAGAGAAGCCAAGUGAAGCCGUGGGCAAGUCGUCCAAAACAGUCGCAGCUGAUGAACAAAAUGCGGGAACAUCCAGAGUCCACAGUUCCAACCGCUAUUCUGCCCCACCAAACCUCUACAAAGCCACCCCCACUUCCAGCCCCGAUAUCUCCCCGUGCCACAUCCCCCGGGCUCAGACCAUCGAUACUCCGACCCCCAACCGCCAUCGCUACUCCUCUCACCUCUACUCUGACUCGGCAGAUGAAGACAGCAGCAGCAUCGCUCUCCCUCCGGUGCAGCCCGCUCCCCCGGCCAAUGCCCUGUCGGAGCACAGUGGCAGUGACCUCAUGAAGAGGGCAGUAGCCUUUCUGCGGCGCUCCGGCAGGAGCAAAAGUGAGCAGUACUCUGAGUCACCGGGCCGACAGCCCCUGGCGAUGAACGGUCACGCUCCCUCUCCGUCGGCGGGACAUGCCCCCUCGUCCUACAUCAGUAGCGACAAUGACUCUGAGUUUGAGGACGCUGAUAUGCGGAAGGAACUGCAAAAGCUACGGGAAAAACACAUGAAGGAGAUCUCUGAGCUGCAGGCUUUCCAGAGGAGUGAGAUUGAGCAUCUGUACAAGGAGCUGGGCAAAACUCUGCCUCCCAAUGUGGGUUUACUCCAUGCGGCACCCCCUAGUGGCCGUAGGCGUCGGGCCAGCAAACACAAGCUGAAGGCCGGGAAGCUGCUCAAUCCCAUGGUGCAGCAUCUUAAAAACAAUCUUAACAGCGCCACUGAGAGAAAAGGUGAGAGCUCCCCGGCAAAAGGUUUACUUCUGUCUGAUGGCUCUGCACACUCCAGUGGCAGCUCCAGCAGUCGGCCCAACUCUGUCCCAGAGCAGGUUCUCACACAGCAGCCCUGUUCCCUGAAGGGCUCGUUCUCCUCGGACAACAUCUACUCUGGACUACACGGUGAUGGAAUGACCACUCAGGCAGGCCCUGCCCAAGGCUGGACCGUUUACCACCAAACGUCAGAGAGAGUCACCUAUAAAUCUAGUAGCAAACCCCGCACUAGAUUCCUCAGUGGACCUGUGUCUCUGUCCAUCUGGUCCACUCUGAAACGACUAUGUCUAGGCAAAGAGCGCAGUAGUAGGUCGUCUUUCAACACCAACGCCGCUCAGACUGCCUCCAGUCACACACAGCCAUCGCUCGCCACAGCCACGCCCUCGCCGUCCGCUCAGCCUGUCGCACGCUUCGCUCAGGUCCAAACCAACAACAGUAACAACAAGCGGGGCAUGUUCACAGAAGACCUCCACAAACUGGUGGACGACUGGGCGAAGGAGACCGUCGCGGCGGCCAAUCAGCCGCGACCCUCACUGAACCAAAUCAAACAACAGACGCGCCAAAGGGACCUGGAAUUCAAAGCUCCGCCCACGGGAGCAGCUGCACAUGAGAUGAAAUGCCAUGUUGGUACCAGCAAGUUCCAGCUGCCUCUUUCCUGCCCCCUGACUGCUGCUUUAGGCCCUGGUAUGCCCUCAAGCCUAGCUCCCAACCCCUCAGCAAUGCUCCCUCCUGGUCACCUCCUGCCAGCAGGCUCCUAUGGUGGGGCGGUUCCCGGUCCGCUUUACUAUCAGCAGUGGUCCGGCAUGCCUAGUCCUGUAGGGUCAGCAGGUUCUGUAGGUAUGCUUGGUGCUGCAAGAAUGACGCCCUAUACCACAAUGGCAAACCCAGGGAUCCAAAAUUACCCUCUUAUUAUGCACAACCUGGAGAAAGGCCCCCACACCACUAGGACUACCUAAUCUGCUCAAUAAAGUUAGUCGGCGUGUGUAUGGAUAAGAUGUCGUCCACCACUGUACAUAACCUGAGAUUGUGAAUAACAUGACUGUGUUGAUCUUCUUCUGUGUACAUCACAUACCACUGAUCUGAUCAGCCACGACAUUACAACCACCUGCCCACCCCAUUCCACCUGAACAUAUGAAAACAUGUUUCAAACAUGUUUCAUACAACAUCUGAAUGUGUCGCCAACGUCUGAACUGCUUUCAGGAGUGCAGUGAGGCUUCUGUGGAUCUGUCAUCGUUGUUCAGCACAUUCCAUGAAUGCUUGAUGAAGUUAAAGUUGGGUCAUUUCAGGUGUCAACACCGCGUCAUGUUCCUGAAACCAUUCCCGAUCUGUUGCUGUUGUUUUUUUUUUGUUUUUUUUGCAGUAUGGUGGCAAGUGUACUUGUCCAGCACUGAUAUAAAGGUUGGCUCUGCAUGGAUCCUUGGAUCAUUGCCCAGAGAAUCACGCACUCGCAUUCCUGAUGUUGAUAAAACCACAUUUUUCUGUUGCUCCGUGUUUCAGUUCUGACGCCAAACGCAACUUUCUGUCACAGCUGUCAUUAAAACUGUCUGUAAUUUGUAGAAUUUAACUAACGUUCGCGUCAUCUGUGAGACUUGUGUACCCAUGACCCUCUUAUCAGUUCUCUGGAAACUCCCAAGAAGACCUGUUGUGGUUGACUCUGACUGCCAUGUAAUUGUCAUCAUCAUUAGUUAUUCUGGUCUUUAGGUGAAUUUUUCUUAAUUUUAAAGAUUUCAUCUUCAAAAACAACUUCUUAAUUUGCUGCCUGAUAAAUCCACCAGGUGUCAUAAUAUCAGUCGCUUCACCUCCAGUGGUUUUAUUGUUGUGGCUGAUUGGUUCAUAUCUGUAAAGUGUGUGUGUGUGU